AUGGAUGGCACUAGUUUUGACCUGACAGAGCAUGAAGGUUCAAAUUUGUCACCAUUUCUACGCAAACUUUUUAAUGAGUGGGAUGAUCGCAAGAUGAGGGGCUUGUUUCACCAUGACAUCAGUUCCUGUGAAACAAAGGUGCUACCUGGAGAACACAAUUUUGUGGCAACAUUAAUUGAAGGACGUGAUCAAAAGAAACGGCCAACUGAGUUCACAAUGAACCAAGUUCUCCAGCCAUUUGUCAGUGAGAAGUUUAAUUUCACAAAAGUUAGCCCAUUGGAGGUGAUCUUUAGAUUCAAUGAAACUGAGAAAGACUCUGCACAAUAUUUUGAUGGUGUUCCUGAUACUGUUUCAGCUUCUUCUAGUGCCAUCUUGAUUAAUGUGAGUCCAAUUGGCUACUGCCAUGUCCUUUUGACUCCCAAGAUCCAGGACUGUUUACAGCAGAGGAUUGAUCAAGAGAGCUUUUUAAUAGCCAUGUAUGUUGCAAGAGAGGCAAUGAAUCCCUUCUUCAGAGUUGGUUAUAACAGCCUGGGCGGCUUUGCAACUAUCAAUCACCUUCACUUCCAGGCAUACUACCUGAAAGUACAGUAUCCAGUUGAAAAGGCAACCACGGAGAAGCUCACGAGCCUAGGGAAUGGCGUGAGCAUUUUUCACCUGGUGGAUUAUCCGGUCAAUGGCUUUUUGUUCGAAGGUGGUGCAAGCCUGGAAGAUUUGUCGUAUGUGGUAUCCAAAGUGUGCAUCUUUUUGCAAGAGAACAACAGACCUUUCAAUGUCCUCAUCUCUGAAUCUGGCAAGAGAGUUUUCCUCCUACCACAGUGCUAUGCAGAGAAGCAGCUCCUUGGAAAGGCAAGCCAAGAGUUCCUCGACAUGAGAAUCAAUCCAGCAAUCUGGGAGCUCAGUGGCCAUUUGGUGCUGAAGAGGAGGAAAGACUACGACGAAGCCUCUGAGGCAAACAUAUGCAGAUUUCUCGUUGAAGCCGCUCUUUCUGAAACAGAAUUUCAGGAGUUGAAUCGAUGCAUGCUCGACUUCCUGACCAGGCUCCCUUGGUUGUAA